AUGCCAGCAUCGAAUUUAAAAAGGGCUUAUUUUUUUGAAUACCUAUGCAACAUAAUUAUAGACCGACCAGCUGGUCUUGGGGGCACUGUUGGAUUUAAGGUUUCAACUAUAUGGGAGAAGCUGCGCAGGUUUGGUCUGGAGUACUGUGACUUGCCGACGAUGUUAUCAAACGUUGCAACUCUACUGAGGUUAUUGGCGUUAAACGUCGAUGGAAGAGGAAUACCUAUAGCGUCUGUGGUUCUGAUGAUAAUCGUUGUGAUCGUGUACCUCUACGUGUACGUGGUCUCCCUGGCAUGGUUCGUGUUGUGGCGCGAGACCGACGACCUGGUAGCGAUCAUGGUCAUCCUCUCAUUGGGCAUCGCAAGCAUCAUCUGCGUGGUUAAGCUCUUUUCUCUGCAUCUGAACAGCAACCGCGCAAAGGAGGCAUUUGUAGCAUACCUAGCAUUCGACAAGCGCAUAGACCGAGAUAGCCGAAUGUACCAGAAUCUUCUCAAGAACCUGCGGAUUGUGAAGCACCGAGCCAUCUUCGUCUGGACAAUGCUGGUCAGCAACGGCCUAAUCUAUGUGUUGCUGCCACACCUGCUGCCUGGAAAGCAUUUAAUGGAAGACUUGCAAGUUCUUUACGGACUAGAACCAAUGUUCGAAUCACCAAACUUCGAGAUAUCUCACAUUCUAGUGGGUACGGCCGUGAUGUUCCUGGCUUACGUUGCUGGGACCGUCGGCUGCCUCCUCGUCGUCGUCACAGGCUACAUAGAAGCACAAAUGACAGCCCUGAGCCAUGAGCUACUCCAUCUCUGGGCCGACGCCCAAUCAUUGACCUUCGGAGACGUUCAGAAUCAAAAGAAACUAAAAAAUCAAUAUAUUAAACAACAGCUAGAAUUCAUCAUCCAAGCGCACGCAGCCAACUUAGCCCUAUUACGACUAACUAAACACAUUUUUAGCAACUCCAUCGCCAUCGAGUUUUGCUUACUGGCUAUAUCUCUUAUAGUUGAAUUGCUGGGUGGAUUAGAGAAUACCUAUUUAGAGAUACCCUUCGCUUUAACCCAGGUCUCCAUGGAUUGUUUCACAGGACAGCGCCUCAUCGAUGCGAGUUUAACGUUUAAGGAAGCGGUGUAUUUUUGUAAGUGGGAGAAUUUCGAUGUAAAGAACAUGAAAAUUGUGUUGGUUAUUCUGCAGAAUUCGCAGACGAUGGCGCUUUCGGCGGGGGGCAUGGCGGAGCUUCGAUACACAAGUCUUAUGACAGUGUUUAGGGCUAUAUAUUCGGCAUACGCGGCGCUGCGCUCUACAUUGUAGGCUCAGAG